GGAGUUGAACUUUUCAACACAAGAAAUAGGGAUGAAAUUUGGUAUUGAGUCUUUAAUAGUAUCUAAAACUUCUAAAAGAGAAGAAGAAACAGGAGAGGUCAAAGAUCGAGAAAAAUUUGGACAUUUACGAAUUCUAUCACCUGAUGAUAUAAAAGAUGUACUUGAUAUAUUAUCUUCAGAAAAAGGCUCAACAGCAGUUAAGAUUCACUCAAUGUAUGUAGCUAAAACAGGCAAACGUAUUUCAGUAGAAACUAUACAAAAUACACUAAAAAGGUGUGGGUAUAAAGUUAGGAUUAAACCUAGAAAGCCUGCAAUAGAUGAAAAAACCAGAUUAGAAUGUCUUGCUUUUGCCAGAGAGCAUAUUAACUAG